AUGCAGGAGCUCUCUUCCGCCGAGAGCUCGACGAACUCGCUUUUCUCUAUGAAGUCUAUAUCCAGCAUGGAUAUCAGCAGGAAUACUACGCCGAGACCCUCGCCGCUGGGUGCUGCCAUGAGUACGAACGACCAGUCGUUCCUGUCGUUGGCGUCCAUUAGACGGGAAAUGGAUCGCGAGUCCAAGAAGGACAAGUUUAUUGUCAUCCUGGUCGGGUUGCCCGCCUCUGGGAAGUCCUCCAUCUCUUCGCAUCUGAUCCAGUCCCUAAAGAACAACACGGCGACCGCGCAUCUAAGGUCUACUGUGUAUAACGCCGGCAAAGUGAGGAGGAUGCUGUGCAACGGCGAGAAGAAAAAGUCUAUACAGAUAGCCAACGAUCCCUCUGAGGACUUGUUCAACCCUGCUAACGCCGAGAGGAAAGAAGUCUACGCCAAGAUAACGUUGGAGAAUCUGAUUAACGAACUGGACUCGGAUAUAUGCGACUUCGCAAUCUUCGACGCCACAAACUCGACUGUGCAGAGAAGAAGCUUUGUGUUCAGGGAGAUAUACAAGUACAACGACCGCGAGGGCGCUAACUUCAACUUGAUACCGAUCGUCUUCCAAGUGACGUGCUCAAACCAGGAUUUCAUCAGAUACAACAUCCACAACAAGACUUUCAACGAGGAUUACUUUGACAAGCCUUACGAAGUCGCCGUCCAGGAUUUCUCAAAGAGACUCAAAUACUACCACUCUCAGUUUGUGCCCUUCACAGAAACUGAGUUCAACACGAUUAUUGAGUCCAACUCAUCCCAAACAGCUGGGAAACCUAGUCUCUACUAUUACAACAUCUUGAACGCCGGGUUGGACCCUUCUAAACAAUUCCAAUUGUCUUACACCAGGGAAUCGGAAACGCACUCCAUGAUCGUCAAAGAAACUUUGAGAGUUAUAUCCCAUUUUGUGACGAACUACUCUGAACUGUAUGGCUAUAGCUACAUUAAUAGGGUGAAGAAUUUCUUUGGCGAAUCCAUCAAUACAGUAGUCCAAAAACCUAGCUGGGUCGCAAACUAUAUUCCUGGCAAGCUAUCAACUUGGGACUACUCUAACAAAUUGAGACACUUGGCUUCAUUGAAGAAAAUUGUUAACAAUGACUACUUCAAUGAAUUGAACUCCAUCAUCAACUAA